AAACUCUCAUACACCCAUGGUUCUGUGCACAGAUGCUAAUAAGCAGCCAGUUAGUAAGCCGGAGUCGCCCUCGUGCCAGGGGCUACAGGCCAUUGCAGAAGACUGAUCACUAAGCACUUUAGGGCUGGGACAUGAUUUUCCACCAGUUUGUUUGUUUAAUGUGCCAGGCCUGUGUCUAUGCAUGUUAAAGUGCAGUGUCUGCUGCCAUUAAAGACACUGAUUCACCGUGAACCUGCCUGUCGUGAGUCCUCAUUUCUACAACCCUGUUAUAUUCUUCAAAUCAUUAGAGGAACAAUUUGGAAAGAAGGCCAGCUAUGGACACGGCAGCAGGGAAUGAGUGUUCUGCAACAGGAGCUUGCAAAGGUGCAUAUUCCAGACUUCUCAGGCUCUGCACAUAGUCCUCUAGGAAAAAUUAAGUACAGUUUCCACAGCAUGGUAGUCCGCAGCUUCCAGUUACCCAGCUCACAAAUCAGCCCUGUCCCCAAUGUGGGUCUAAAGCUGUCAAUCUCCGGAGCCUUCAUCGACAUUACAGGAGACUGGAAGAUCAAGACAAAGUUGCAUAUAUCAGCAAAGGGUGGUUUCGACCUGAAGGUGGAAGGGCUCAGCAUUUCUGUAGGGUUGAAGCUGGGAAGUGACGGUAUCGGAAGACCAACAAUUGCUCUGUCUGACUGCAGCUGCCACAUCUCAGAUGUCAAGGUUCAUGUGUCUGGGAAAUUUGGAUGGUUGGUUGAUCUUUUCCACCACAAUAUUGACAGUGCAUUAAGAAAAGCAAUAGAGAACCAGGUCUGCCCUCUGGUCAGUAAUGCAAUUACCAGCAAAUUGGAACCACUUCUACUAACAUUACCAGUUACCGCAAAGAUUGACAGUGUGGCUGCUAUUGAUUAUUCUCUGACUGGACCGCCACCAGUGAUGGGGGAUUGUGUGGAUGUACAGCUAAAGGGAGAAUUUUUCGAACUCUCUCAUCGCAAUCCUCCUCCAUUCUCACCGCAUGCCCUGUCCUUACCUGUGGACCACAACCUCAUGAUUUACUUUGGAGUCUCUGAUUACUUGUUUAACACAGCUGGACUUGUUUAUCAUUUAGCUGGAAGACUGGUCUUCAAUGUCACUGACAAUAUGAUUCCUAAGGAUUUUAACAUUAGACUGAACACUUCCUCAUUCGGGGCACUGAUACCUCAGUUAUCGAAGAUGUACCCCAAUAUGCUUAUGAAACUGCAGAUUUCAUCUACCUCAGCUCCAUCUUUGGACAUAAAACCUGGAAAUGUAUCUAUCUCACCAAAAAUGGAUAUCCAAGCAUAUGCCAUCUUACCCAAUGCCUCUUUGGCUCCUGUUUUCCUUCUGAACCUGACAACCGCUGCUCUGGCAAAAGUGGGUGUGACCUCAAGCCGGAUUUCAGGGAACCUUGAAGUUAGCAAGGUACAGAUUGAUCUUAAACACUCUGAUGUGGGACCUUUUUCUGUGUUAAUAUUAAAUGCGGCUGUGAAUUAUUAUAUUUCACAUGUGCUACUCCCCCAAGUGAAUGUGAUCCUGAACAAAGGUUAUCCACUGUCACUGCUGGAUCACAUGCAGCUCACAGAUGUUGUCCUACAGCCCCGUGAGGACUACCUUCUCUUUGGGGCAAAUGUCCAGUAUGGCAAAAUAGAUGAGAGGAACUGGUUCUUCGACUUAUAACUCUGUGCAGGGACAAAGGAUGAAGGGUUUGAUACAUCAAGUUUGCCGGAAAAUUACAGUUAGAUGAAAAUGCUGUUACUCCCACUGAGUGUGUGUCUCAUUUUAAAUGAUCUACACAGCACACUCAUUGGUCAUACGUUCCAUUGGUAUUUUAUAGUCCAGUCACAUGCAGAGAAUUGUAAAUGUGAGCAAACAGAUCUGAAAGUCAACUUUGUUUUGAAAUUAUUAUUUUUCUUUUUUUCAAAAAUGUUUUUAUUGAAUUCGGAGAAGGCAAAUAAACUAAUACAAAUGCCAUAAACAUGUAUUUAGAUUACAUUUCAAUAAUAGUAGUACAAUUGCUAAGACUGCACAGCACAGCGAUCAAACAAAGGUAUUGUGAGAAACAAACAUUGAAAGAUGAGUAGGUGAGAUUCAAAGUCCAUCUGCCCUCACGUUCCAUCUGCUUCAAUAAGAGAGCUGGUAUAUGCCUCCAACUUGAGGCAUUAAGAAUAAAGACUCCACUCUUAUUUUCAUAUUUUCCAGCCAGUAUGGAAAGAAAAAUGUAAUAGUGACUUCAAUAAUAAAAGAGAAGAAAAGAAAGGGAAAAAAAAGGGAAAGGGGAAGGAAGAAAAGGAUGGGAAAAUGGGGAAAAAAGAGUCACCGACACCAUCUCAAGUAUAAUCAAUUGGGGGGUCUCGUAAUACCAGGCUUGUUUCAUACCAUUGCGUAGAUUUAAAACAAUGUUGUACUUGUCUUUUGAUAUCAAUAUUUAGAGUGUCAAUAAAGCUUUCCCAAAUUGAAAAGAA